GAUGAGGAGUUGGAAGAGGUCAAGCAGAGGUGUCUGUUAACACCUACCCAUUAUGACUGUACAUUUGAGCACGCGCACACACACGCGCGCCCCCUGUCCAGUCCCUGUUCUUCCCAGGUCCCGUUCCAGCUGUUGUGCAUUCCUGUGCGCUACACGGCCAGCCUCUCAGUGUGUAUGUGUAUGUAUGUAUAUUUUGUUUGUGGGUGAGGACGGCGCAUCAAGUCUCUCCUGAAGAACCGCGAGUGCCGUUGAACUUCUCCGUCCAGCGGUGGAAUGCGCCGGUGAUGCGUCCUGGACAAGGUUUCAGAGGAAAGUGACAGCAGCAGAACCGCUUGGAUUUUUUAUUAAAGAGAAAGUUUGGGGACUUUUGUGUUUGUGUUGGAAUCUUCUCUCGUCAUGACCGAGCUUCUCAGCACCGUUUCAACAACGGACCCAGAGACACUCUGUCAGCCAGAGUCAGACCAGAUGAGUCCAGACGAGCCACAGUCUCCCUUGGACCUGAUAGACACAGGGAAAUGCCUGAAGGUCCAAACAGCCACACCACAUCUGGUCAGCCUGGGUAGUGGGAGACUGAGUGUGGCUAUCACCCUACUGCCCCUUAAAGAAGGAGUGACCCGUAUCGGGCGUGAGGACGCAGCGGUACCCCAAGACAUCACCAUCCAGGGUGUAGGUAUCGAGGCGGAACACUGCAUCAUCAUCAACACAUCAGGGGUCAUCAUCCUCGACCCUUGUGGGAACCUCUGCUCCUUGGACGGCGUCCCUGUGACAUCACCUGUCCCGCUCACACAAGGUUACUCUCUGUGUCUGGGUCAAUCCUACUUCUUCCGUUUCAACCAUCCAGAAGAGGCCAGCCGUAUGAAGAGCAUGCUGCCCCAGAAGAGCCCUGUCUCUCCUCUGGCCUACAGCACAGACUAUCUGAAGUUCAGUAGUGACUACAGCCAUGGGGUGGUGGGAGGGGCCGGCAGUGCAAGGGGGAUGCGUUCUGCCUCAGAGCUCCGUGAUUUGAUGGACACCUUACAACGAAAGAAGAUCGCCCUGGAGACCAGCCUGAGAGCCAAUGGGGACUCUAGCCCCUCCUACUUCAGUAUGACACAGUCUCCACCCACCACGCCUGUGACCUCACCCACCUCGAUGUCGUCAGCCUAUCAAGAGCAGGCUAGGCGUUUCUAUGGCUCUGAUCGCCCGCCCCUCUCAGUCAAAGCUGCGGUCCCUCCCUCCCCCUCUCGGCGCUCUGACCCCCCUUCCUCCCGAUCCUCCAUGACCCGGAACCAAUCCUACCAAUCACAAGACAGCCUGCUGGCCUCCCCUGGCGACGGGCGACGACAACUAAACCCAAACUCCUCCCCCCUGUUGUCGAUGUGGAACGGUGGAGGUUCCUCUAACUCAGUGGCCGGUGGUGAGAGCCUCUCCUCUCCUCCUCCACGUUCAUCCCUCUCUCCAACCAGUGGAGCAGCCAGCGUGCCCUCCAGCCCCCGCCUGGGACGCCGAAGUCACGGCAACCAUGAGCCGACACCUAGCAACCGAACCAGGAAGUACUCUGCAGGGUCGAUAGGCGGCAUGAUAGGAAGUCACAGCCUCUCUCUGCCCCGCCUCUGCCUGUCAUCGUCGCCACGUUCCCAUGAUAAUGGAGCCUUGGUGCUCUCUACCCUCCCCCCGACCUCGCGGCGCUCUGAACCUCUACGUAACUCUUCUCACAACAAUAGCCAAAACCACACCACAAACAGUAACUACAACCAUAACCAAACCACUAACUUUAACUACAGCCAGGCCCAAAACAUGAACCACAAGGGAAACCAAGAUGAGGGGGUGGUAUCCAUCUCCCUCUCCUCCCCAAAGUCUCCCACCCAGGCCCCUCCAGACGUGACUGUCCCGUUCCGAUCAGGCUCCUCCAGUCCCCGCGUGGCCAAGAAACUCAGCCUCACCUCCACCAGCUCCACAUCCAGCCUCCAGGAACCAGAGUGGCCAGCCAGCUGCGGUGUCCCCCCUGGACCAGAGCUUUUUUUCGGGGAGAGGGAGCACAGAGGUGGCAGCCUGGAGCCUGGUCUAGGGUUAGGGGAACGGAGACAGUCUUUUGGGAAGGGUGGGCUUGAACCAGGGUUCGGUCUUGGGGAGAGAAGACAGUCCUUUGGAAAGGGAGGGGUAGAACCUAGUUUGGGAUUAGGGGAACGGAGACAGUCUUUUGGGAAGGGAGGUUUAGAGCCAGGUUUAGGGUUAGGGGAACGAAGGCAGUCAUUUGGGAAGGGAGGAGUGGGGCUGGGGGCAGGGGUGACCCCACCGGGGGGGUUCAGGGCGAGGAGUGGCAGUAUCAGCUCCCUGAGUGGGAAGGAAGAACUGACUGACUACCACCAUCGCCAGAGAGAUGAGAGACUACGAGAACAGGAGGUGGAGAGACUGGAACGCCAGCGGCUGGAAACCAUUCUGUCUCUGUGUUCAGAGCUGGGUCGAUCGGAGCAGGACAGGGAGAGGAGUGUUGGUUCUAGUGUCGAUACCGGUGCUGGUCUAGCCGACCUUCAGAUGAUCAACCGGGAACUAGAGAAACUCCAGGUCUCUGACGACGAUGAGUCAGAAUCCGUCUUCUCUGACUCAACUGUGAACGGAAAUGGGGCCGGUAGCGGCUCGGAGAAUGGUUACUACGGUAACGACGAGGAGCGUCCAGUCCGACAGCGACGGAGCAGCGGCCACCGGGACCACAUGGCAGAAUCGCCAGCCAUCAUCCUACGAAGCUCCGCCACCUCGCUCACCGCGCACCUGCCUAGGACUAAUCGGGCGCUGGUGGAGGAGGGCCAGCGGAGGCAGGAAGUGACUCGUGUGGAGGAGGAGAGGAUCCAGGUGCUGAACAACAUGGAGGAGCUGGAACAGAAGAUCAAAGAACUGGACAACCAGAUGGACGAGUCUCUCAGAGAGGUGGAGGUGGAGCGUGCCCUGGUGGAGGCAGAGCAGCAGGCGGAGCUAGCGGCCUUGCAGCAGGAGAGAGAUGCUCUGGAGACACUCAACACCAAGAUGUCUGACACGGAACAACAGGCACAGAACCAGAAGACUCCGGCGUGUGUGUCGCUGCAGGCUGAGAGGGCUAGGGUAGAGCAGCUGUCUCAGAGUGUGUGUGAGCUGCGCUCCCAGCUCCACUGCUGUCCUGAGGCCAUGAAGGAGCCCCUACAGGAGCAGCUCACCAGGAACUCUGAGGUGCUGGAAGCUGAGACGAAGCGUUUUGAGGACCUGGAGUUUCAGCAGCUGGAGAGAGAGAGUCGUCAUGAUGAGGAGAAGGAGGAAAGCACACAACAACUCCUCAGAGAGAUAGCUGACUACCAACGGAGCACCGUCACACGCAAGGUGAGGCUGGUGGCGCUAAAUAAGCAGGCGGGACAGAUUACCCAGCAGGCUCAGCGAGAGAAGGACAGCUUCCUGAAGGAGCGGACCAACCUGCAGCUGAUGGUGCAGAGGGAGAAAGAUAACCUUGCUUCUGUGGAAAAGAAGUAUGCUGACCUCACAGGUGGGCGGGGCUUCCCUCUCAGCCCUAUCAGUCUCAAGGAGGGCUAUGUAACAGUCAGUGAGAUCAAUGAAAUUUACUCCCAGCUGGGGGGGAACCCUAGUCCCGCCCCUGCCCCUGUUCUGGCCAAUCCCUCCCCUGAUUCUGAGCCUAGUCCCCCCACUGACGACAGCGCCCCAAAACCAGCGGAGGACGAGCACUUCCGUUCACUGGAGGAGAGAAAGAGGUUAGUGAAAGAAGGUGGGGCCCACCUGAGUGACACAUUACCCAGGAAGAAGACCACGUCCAUCGUCACCCCUCAGUUCAACUGUGCUACACUAGGACGCAGCAUGCCUAACAAGUCCCAUCAGCCCCUGGUCCAGAGUUCUAGCUGUGGCAGUAUUUUACCCCGGGCCAUGUCUGUCUCCUCCAAUAGAGACACAGAUAAACGGCGCCUGCACAAGGGUCAGCCGAGCUCUCGCGCCGCCUCCCAGUCCAACGUGUACCUGGACACCUACGGUCACUGUGAUAACGGCCAGGCAUACGACACCAUGAGCGUGGACAGCUCUGACUCAAUGGAGACCAGCAUCUCUGCCUGCUCCCCGGACAACGUCUCCUGUGCCAGUACGUCUAACGUGACCAAACUGGAGGAAAUGGAGCGUCUGCUGAGACAGGCUCAGGCAGAGAAGAAUCGCCUCAUAGAACACAAGGAGCAAGAGAUGGAGUCACGCAAACAGGCUCUGGAGGAGGAGAGGAGGAGGAGGGAGGAUCUGGAGAAACGACUGCAGGAGGAGACCAACAGACGACAGAAACUCAUCGAAAGGGAGGUGAAACUACGGGAGAAACAGAGAGCACAGUCCCGUCCUCUGACGCGCUACCUGCCAGUUCGAAAGGAUGACUUUGACCUAAAAGCCCAUAUAGAGUCAGCGGGCCACAGUGCUGACACCUGUUUCCACCUGUCUCUCACGGAGAAGACAUGCCGAGGAUUCCUGGUCAAGAUGGGGGGAAAGAUCAAGACCUGGAAGAAACGCUGGUUCGUCUUUGACCGCAACCGACGAACGCUCUCCUACUUCUCAGACAAGCAUGAGGCCAAGCUGAAAGGGGUCAUCUACUUCCAAGCAAUAGAGGAAGUUUACUACGACCACUUAAAGAACGCACACAAGAGUCCUAACCCGUGUCUGACGUUCAGUGUGAAGACUCAUGACAGGGUCUAUUACAUGGUGGCCCCCUCUCCUGAGGCCAUGAGGAUCUGGAUGGAUGUCAUUGUCACUGGGGCCGAGGGAUACACUCAGUUCAUGGUGUAGAAGGAGCGAUAUGGUCAUGGCGGAGGGAUACACCCACUUUAUGGUGUAGGAGACUUGAUCUGUACACGUCGGAGGGAUACACUCAGUUCAUGGUGUAAAGAGGGGUGCUUCGGAGUGGAAGGAUACAGCCAGCGUGUGGUUACGACGACAGGACUAGCUCCUCUCUUUUCUCUGACACAGAUGGACUGUUGUUUUUAUUUCUGUGUUUUAUUAUUAUAGAAAUGUCCAAGGACGUGUUCUCCAACAGUGUGCCUUAACUCUCACAGUAGCUCCGCUGGGAUUGGCCAGUGUUUUUAUGCAUCAUUAGUAAACAAGCAAACAGAACGGUCAUUUCAAUUCCAGGUUGUGUAGGGUCAAAUGAUCAGGCGGCACAUUACUGAUAUUUACUCAUCCCCAAAGACCUCAGGUCUGUGUGUGUGUGUGUGUGUGUGUGUGUGUGUGUGUGUGUUUUUGCUACGUUGUGAUCACAUAACCCAGAGGUGCUAAUCUUUUUGUAUGAUGUCUUUUCUCAUGAGGCCAAUGUCCUCCAUUGCAUCUUCUAGUGUAGCCAAAGGUCAAGUCAUCUGUGGUAAAAUACAAUACCCAAGGUUGCUACUUGGGGAAUAGGUUGUCAUUGAGAUACAGCCUUAUACAUGUCAGUGGUAGAAUAAAUACAGGAUCAUAUAGGUUAACCCUCACAGAUUAUAAUCAUGCUGGUCGAGCUUUCGCUGCGUAUUUUAUCGUUGACUAACCAGAUAGCUAUAUGGUAGCUGUGAGUUGUAUUUAUCAAAUGCCUUGUUUCAUGUUUAAUGGUGAGCAGCCUUGGCAUAUAGGCUUACUGUAUGUUAGUGCUCAGUCACGAUGCUUUUCCUUCCCACCAUCGUAUACAUCUAGUUAUUCCCUCUCAUCAGUAGAGGAUGACAGCUGAACAGUCUGAGGGACAGAGGAUGACCCCUAAACCAUCCCAACUCAACCCUACCACCUUCUGCAGUGAGUGUAGAACUGAAAGGACAGAUGGAAGCAAAUCCAAUCCAUUUUUGUCACUUGCUUCAUAAACAACAGGUGGAGACUAACAGUGAAAUGCUUACUUAAAUGACUCAAUUCCACCCUGCCCAUUAUUUCUGCUGUAUCCUUUCAGAUAUGAAGCACCCGGGGUCGGGCUAGCCAGGCGUUUGAUUCAUUAUCGGGCAUUAAUGUGCUUUUUAACCAUUAUACAGUGGGGCAAAAAAGUAUUUAGUCAGCCACCAAUUGUGCAAGUUCUCCCACUUAAAAAGAUGAGGCCUGUAAUUUUCAUCAUAGGUACACUUCAACUAUGACUAUCAACUUAAAAAAAAUCCAGAAAAUCACAUUGUAGGAUUUUUUAAUGAAUUUAUUUGCAAGUUAUGGUGGAAAAUAAGUAUUUGGUCAAUAACAAAAGUUUAUCUCAAUACUUUGUUAUAUACCCUUUGUUGGCAAUGACAGAGGUCAAACGUGUUCUGUAAGUCUUCACAAGGUUUUCACACACUUGCUGAUAUUUUGGCCCAUUCCUCCAUGCAGAUCUCCUCUAGAGCAGUGAUGUUUUGGGGCUGUUGCUGGGCAACACAGACUUUCAACUCCCUCCAAAGAGUUUCUAUGGGAUUGAGAUCUGGAGACUGGCUAGGCCACUCCAGGACCUUGAAAUGCUUCUUAUGAAGCCACUCCUUCGUUGCCCGGGCGGUGUGUUUGGGAUCAUUGUCAUGCUGAAAGACCCAGCCACGUUUCAUCUUCAAUGCCCUUGCUGAUGGAAGGAGGUUUUCACCCAAAAUCUCACGAUACAUGGCCCCAUUAAUUCUUUCCUUUACACUGAUCAGUCGUCCUGGUCCCUUUGCAGAAAAAGGUAUGGUGUUCUUUGGAUGCAACUCAGCAUUAUUUGUCCUCCAAACAUGACGAGUUGAGUUUUUACCAAAAAGUUCUAUUAUGGUUUCAUCUGACCAUAUGACAUUCUCCCAAUCUUCAAGAUCUUAAGCCAUUCUUGUGAUUAUUGUGACUUUGCCAUUGUAAUUGUUUGUAAACUUGUGUAGUCAAAUUAAUCUAUGAUCGUAUGCUAUCCAUUUGUUUGUAUGCUGUUCUUUGUAUGACAUUUUAAUAUUUAAUUAUUAACCAAUGAUAUUAGGCCACUCUUGGCCAUGAUUACAGACACCUGUGUCUUUUGACACUAUAUAAACAAGUCAUCCCGCAGUGUUUGUGAUUAUACCCUGAUGAAGACAGCUUGGCUGUCGAAACGUUGGUAUUACAUUUUUGCAUCUGAGCUCCUAGAAUGUGCGGCUCUCUUUUAUUUUCAAGUUUCUAUUCCGCUAGCCAACACCUCGUCUUAAUAGGUGUGCGUUUCUUUUUCUUCUAGAUCGUCUUUUAUACUGAUAACAAGUUCAAACAGGUGCUAUUAAUACAGGUAACGAGUGGAGGACAGAGGAGCCUCUUAAAGAAGUUACAGGUCUGUGAGAGCCAGAAGUCUUGUUUGUAGGUGACCAAAUACUUGUUUUCCACCAUAAUUUGCAAAUAAAUGCAUAAAAAAUCCUACAAUGUGAUUUUCUGGAUUUUUUUCUCCCUAAUUUUGUCUGUCAUAGUUUAAGUGUACCUAUGAUGAAAAUUACAGGCCUCAUCUUUUUAAGUGGGAGAACUUGCACAAUUGGUGGCUGACAAUACUUUUUUGCCCCACUGUAUAUAUUUUUUAAAUGGCAGUUUUAUUUUUAUCAUGCUGUAUUUAUGCUAUUGAUUAUCAAUGCAUGUAUCUUUAUUUCUGCAUACAGAAAAAACAAGAACAUAUAUUAAAGUAAGAACAUAUUGUCACUUAAA